AUGUCAAUUCAGUUUGUUAAAUCAGCUAAAGAGUUUCAAGAUUAUUUAUCCAACAAUUCAUACAUUGUAUUGAAUUUCACUGCAUCUUGGUGUGGUCCAUGUCAAGCUAUCAAGUCUAUUGUGGAUCAAGCUUAUGUUGAAAAUAGAAAUGUUGAAAUUGUUAGAAUUGAUUUAGAUAGUCAACGUGAUAUUGCUGAAAAGUAUAAUAUCACUUCUGUUCCUACAUUUGUGUUUAUUGAAAAAGGCAAUGAAGUUGAUCGUAUUCAAGGAGCAAAUCCUCAACAAUUAUUGAGUAAAUUGCAAGAAUUCAAUUCAAAAGCUGAAGGUCACAAAAGAAAAGGUAAAGGAUUAGGUGCAGAAGACGUGAUAAACAGUAAUACUGACUUGAAGGAUAUCAAGAAGUUUAUUCCAAAGAAUUUUGAAAUUUUGAAUUCCACAAUUGAUUUCAAUGGCUAUGAGGUUUUGAAUUGUUUGCCAUUGUAUAAAGAUUCACAGAACAAAUCAGUGGUUGAUUUGAAAGGUAAGCUGGAUAAAUCAGCAGUUGUAUCUGAUUCUGAUUCUCAAUUGUUGUGUUUUAUUCCCUUUUUAAACAUUUCCAAAAUUUAUUCUGUCUUGAUUAAAAUCAAAUCUAAUAAAGAUCACAAAGAUGGGGAUUUGAAUCUUGAUAGUGAUGAUUUAGAAGAAGUUCAGAAACCAAACUUGGUUAAGAUUUGGUGUAAUACCCAAUCAAUCUUGUCAUUUGAUGAAGCAAGUUCCGAUGCAAAUGCUCCACAUGUUGAGAAGAUAACUGAUGAUAACGACGAAGAGUGGUUAAACAUUAAAGUUAGAUUUGUUAGAUUCCAAAAUGUUCAAAAUAUAACCAUAUUCAUUGACGGUGAUGAUGAAGAUUACCAUACAUUGAUUGAAAAGAUAAUCAUUGUUGGUGUAAAUGGUGAUAGUAAAGAACAAGGUAAGAUCAAUGCGGGAGAUGAAGAAUAG